CUUCAUCCUCUUCCUUUUCUUCGGUAUAUACUAUUGCGUGCAUACUGUAUUGCCUCUAUUCGGGCUCAGUCUCUCGUAUUCAGCAUUCUAUUGCUGCAUCUUACGUCUCUGUUGCAUCUUCAGUCAGUAUCUUCCGGACACCGGACCUGGCCUGAAGCUUUUUCUCUUUCUACAUCUCAGGAUACCGGCUGGCUGGUCUGAGCAAAGUAUCAUAUACUAUCAUGGCUACUCCUACCGUGUCCACCCCGGUGAAAACCCACCAUGGCAUCUUUUCGAGCAAAACUGCCGGCGGCCGUAUGCCACUCACACCAUCGCCCCGUACUCGAGCGGGAAGCAUGACGUCAAACCACUCCUCUCCAUUCACGCCGCCUCGCCAGCCUGCGGAGACCGGCAAGGAUCAUAGCCGGCCUGUCUACGGCGGAAACCUUUCCUCCCUCUUUGCCAAGUCCAUGCCCAAGGCUUCCCGGGCCACAACCUACCGCGAGUCUCCCAAGUCCAACAUUGCUCGCACCCGCAAGUCUCCUCGACACUUGGAGCUCGGCGUUUCCGAUUGGUCUCUGACCGGUACUGGGCCUUCUUCGUCUCAGACUCCAUCCAAGGAGCGUCUGCGGAAAGACGUCUCCACUCGGACAAGGUCCGGAAAGACCACCGUCCGUAUUGCACACAACGCUGCGGAUCGGUUCAUCCCCAACCGUGCUGCAAGCGAAGGACUGGCCACGGCGGGUACAGCUAAGCCCGAAGAGAGCCACAGGCCCAAGACGAGCGGCAACGAGGGUUCUUCUGUCCUUGCCAGCGCGGCCAGCGCGUUUGACAUUGGGGGUCGAGGAUCCGACGAGGAUCUCACUGCAGCCCUUGAGAACCUUGGACUGGAUGACACUGAGACAUCUACAACUUCGUAUACCAGACCGGCACCGGAUGCAGUCGCUUAUGAAUCAUCUCUGGCCGACGCAUGUGGUGUGAACCUCAACACUCGUAUCCUUGCCUUCAAGCCGCCACCCCCAGAGUCCUCCAAGCCCAUCGAUCUGAGAGCCCAGUAUAACCGUCCCUUGAGGCCCUCUAAAUCCAAGUCUGCUCAGUUCCGGCGGAGAGUUCAGACGGCUCCUGAGCGUGUUUUGGAUGCGCCUGGAUUGCUUGACGACUACUACCUGAACCUUCUGGAUUGGAGCUCUGGCAACCAGGUCGCCAUCGGUCUGGAGCGCAAUGUUUACGUCUGGUCUGCCGAUUCGGGAUCCGUGGACUGCUUGCUGGAAACGUCUCCGGAUACGUACGUGAGCAGUGUCAAAUGGAGUGGCGACGGGGCCUAUGUCGGCGUUGGGCUUGGAACCGGCGAAGUGCAAAUCUGGGAUGUCGAAGAGGGCACCAAGCUUCGAAGCAUGUUUGGCCAUGACUCGCGCGUUGGUGUUAUGGGAUGGUCCAAGCACACAUUGUCCACCGGUGCCCGGAGCGGUCUGGUGUUUAACCACGAUGUACGCGUCGCCCAACACAAAGUGGCAGAGCUUGUUUCCCACACCUCGGAGGUCUGCGGUCUGGAGUGGAGGCCCGACGGCGCCCAGCUGGCCACCGGUGGCAACGACAACCUGGUGAACAUCUGGGAUGCGCGGUCGCUCAGCGCACCCAAGUUUACCAAGACCAACCACCGUGCCGCGGUCAAAGCUCUCAGCUGGUGCCCCUGGCAACUGAACCUGCUCGCCACCGGCGGUGGCUCGUACGAUCGUCACAUUCACUUCUGGAACACGACGACCGGUGCGCGGACCAACAGCAUUGACACCGGAUCUCAAGUGACUAGCUUGCGGUGGAGCAACCACUACCGCGAGAUCGUCAGCUCCAGUGGAUUCCCCGACAACUCUCUGAGUAUCUGGAGCUACCCGACCCUGGUGCGCAACGUUGAGAUCCCUGCGCACGAGACUCGUGUUCUGCACAGCUGUCUGAGCCCCGACGGUCAGCUUCUGGCCACCGCCGCGGCCGACGAGAGCUUGAAAUUCUGGAAGGUCUUUGAGCGCAAGGCCGGAACCAGUGCCUCCGCCUCUCGCGAGGGUGGUGUUGGCAGCAAAGCCCAGAUGACCAAGUCGAUGACCAUCCGGUAGACGACGGGUUGCCGGGAAUGGAGGGAGUUUCUUGUAUUCUUUUUUACUUUCGGGGUUUUUAAUAGUUGGAUAUCACGGGAUGGGAGUUUUUUUUUUGGGUCAUUUCACUAUUUGGCAGGGUGUUUGCAGGAGGACAGGGCGUUUGUAUUUAGAGUGAUAGCAGUAUCUGGGAGAGGAUGCUUGUACAGAAUCAUAAUCAUAUGGAUGCGU